AUGGAGCGAAAAGCGUCUCAUAACCUGUUUGAGGUUUAUCUACGGCUACGGCCCCCGCCUUCGCGACAUGGUGAUGGGGAUCGUAUUCUUGAUGUUGAACCCGCUGAGGACGAUUCACAUCCUAAGCAUAUUAUUCUGAAUCCGCCUACAGAUCGACGUAGGGCGAUUGAGAAGUUCGCGUUCACACAGGUCUUUGAGGAAGAUGCAACCCAGCUCGAUGUCUUCCAUUGCACAGAGAUCGUCCCCUUCGUUGAAGGCGUUUUGGCACCAGAGGGCGGCGAGGGAACAGAUGCUGUCGUCGCUACUUUGGGAGUGACAGGUUCCGGCAAGACGAAGACACAUACGAUCCUCGGAAGCAAGACACAACGCGGCCUGACCCAACUAACGAUGGACGUCCUCUUCCGCUCAAUCGGCGAAAACAUCCUCGACCCCAACGCCGCCUUCACAGCCCAAGAUUCCCUCCAAGCCAUCGACGGCGCCGAGUCCUCCCUAACAACCGCGUCCCACUUCUUCGACCCUCCCUUUCGCGACUCAGUCGCUUCGCGGGCGCCUUCACGCGCAGGUACACCAAUGCUUGUACGACAAACCCCAAAGCCUUCCUAUGUCAACAUUCCCACCUCCAAGCUGGUCGCCAACCUCCCAGGCGCGUUCCCGGCAGACUACGCACCAAGUCCGAAAAGUAAUGUUACUAAAGAUGAUUUUAAGCCCGAUGGUCUUAUGUCCCCUCCUCCUCGACGAAUUACCGUACGCCCCUCGGCUCUUCCCCAGCUCCCCGACGUGAGCAACAUCGACAUCUCCUGCGAUCCCUCGGCCGAAUAUGUUGUUAUCAUCUCGAUGUACGAAGUACACAACGACCGAAUUUACGAUCUUCUUACCCCGGCUGUUAAGUCCGGCGCCACAAAAGAAGUGCGACGACGUCCUUUACUCUUCAAGUCAACAGAGCUAUCACCGGACCGAAAGGUUGUCGCUGGCCUUCGAAAGGUCAUCUGCUCCAGUUACAACGAGGCAUUGACCGUCAUUGAGACUGGUCUGCAAGAGCGCCGAGUCACGGGCACCGGCAGCAACAGCGUCUCAAGCCGAAGCCAUGGAUUCUUUGUCUUUGAAGUGAAGAAGCGGACUCGUAGCAGAAGACCUGGUCCCUGGGAGGGAAACAAAUUCACCAUUGUUGAUCUGGCGGGUAGUGAGCGUGCGCGCGAAGCCAAGACGGCGGGUGCUACACUUGCAGAGGCUGGUAAGAUCAAUGAGAGUUUGAUGUAUCUAGGCCAAUGCCUUCAGACACAGAGUGAGGCAGCUAGUUCCAGCAAGCCCAACAUUGUCCCCUUCAGACAAUGCAAACUCACCGAGCUCCUCUUCUCAAACUCAUUCCCCUCAUCCUCAACCUCUCACUCCCAAGCUCCCCGUCGCAACCCCCAAAGAGGCGUCAUGAUCGUUACCGCCGACCCUCGCGGCGACUUCAACGCUACAUCUCAAAUCCUUCGAUAUAGCGCCCUCGCUCGUGAAGUCACAGUCCCUCGCGUCCCCUCAAUCACAACAACCAUACUCGCCCAACCACCACAAAUGGCUCAAAAUCGCUCUGUCAGCCCAACGCUUCCUCAUCCACGACCGUUCAUGCCCGCUGGCGGAGGAUCGUAUAGAAACUUCUCUCCACCAAUGAGCACGGAUGAACGGGCAACCAUGGAAAUUGCAGCGCUUGAGAUUGCGCGUCUUAGUGAUGAGGCCGAUCAAUUGCGCGAAGAAGUCGAUCGUCAGACUGAAGCGCGUGUCGCAGCUGAAGCUCACCUUCUCACCAUGGAGGACCGCAUGCUUGAUCUCGAAGCAGCCAUUCGCGAAGAGUGCGCCAUGGAGUUCGAGCAACGUCUUGCUUUAGAAAUGGCCCGCUGGAAGAAUUCCAUGGCUAUCGAGCAAGAACGUACCGAAGAGCACUGGGAUCGUAAAGUCGAAGUCCUCGAGCGCGGUCUCGCCUCUGACGAAGAUUGCGAUAAAGAAAACGUUCUUAUCGAAGAUCUCGAAGAGGAAGUGGAUAGACUCCGUCGCGAAAACGGUAUUCUCAAGCGCGAGCUCGCCUCCCGCAGCCCCACUAAGCGCAAGCCCCUCGAGGAGCGGGAGGACUUUGCGCAUGCUUCUAAACCAUCUCGCGGCGAUAGCAUGACCAAUUUAGGGCGCAAGCUGGAGCGCAUGCGCGUCAGUGGUGAAAAGGCACGCCCAGUACCUGUCAAUGGGAACGGCAGCCCAAAGAAGAUGCGAAAGUUGGGGACGAAGAAGUGGGAGCAUGAGGAAGACGAGCUGUCUUAG